CUAUAUCUAAGUUUUUCUGCCUAUGAAGUAAGAAAUGGUUUUGCCUCUUGUCAAGGGAAUAAUGUUCAUGUUUCUAACAGGACUUGGAGUUGUGGGGAACACCUUUGUUCUUGUGAACAAUAUGAGCUUGUUUAGAGGCACUAUGAAAUCUAUCCACCUCAUUCUCAUUAAUCUGUCUUUUGCAAAUAUCAUAACACUUCUAACAGGAGUAAUGCCCAGGACAAUAUCCAGUUUGGGGUUGAGAAACUUUAUAGAUGAUAUAACCUGUAAGACUGUGGUUUACUUGCAGAGGGUGGCCCGGGGCCUGUCCAUCUGCACCACCAGUCUCCUCACAGUGGUCCAAGCCAUCACCAUCAGUCCCAGAGCCUCCAGGUGGAGGAGGCUGCAGCCCAGGUCAUCAUGUGACCUGCUUCCCUUGUUGAUCUUCUUUUGGUUACUGAAUUCCUUGAUAAGUAUGAACUUACCAUUUUACAUCAAAAAUAUCAGCAGCAUGAACACAUCACAAAUUAAUUCCAGUGACAACUAUUGCUAUUUGCAAUCACAGCAUUGGAUAAUUAGAUGGAUUUUUAUUGUUUUCCUGGUCUCAAGGGACGCUGUGUUCCAGGGUGUCAUGGGCUGGGCCAGUGGCUACAUGGUCUUCCUCCUCCACAAGCACCACCAGCACGUUCUCCACCUUCAGACCUCCAAGCUGCUCUACAGAACCCCCCCUGAGGUGAAGGCUGCAAAGAGUGUUCUCCUUCUGAUGCUUUGUUUUCUCUUGUUUUAUUGGGCAGACUGUUUUAUGGCUUUAUAUGUAACUUUUUUUUUUGAAAAGUAUUUCAUAGAAGUAAUUGUUCUACAACUUGUGGAGCUUGGAUAUGCAAUCCUGAGUCCAGUAGUGCUCAUUCACAGAGAGGGACACCUGGCUGGAUGUUGGUGUGGUCACUGA